GCCCAGCCGCAGCAUCAGCACCGCGCCGAGCCGAGUCGAGCAUUAGUCCGGAUUGGGCGGAGGGCUAACCGUGCGGCUGCACCCUUCCUCGGCAAUCGCAGUGGUUUCUGGAGUGCGGCCGGUCGGGCGCGGAGAUGUCGGCCUCGCUGGGCCCCCGCGCCCCCGUCACCGCCACCGCCACCGUGCCCGACCUGAGCCAUCUGACCGAGGAGGAGCGGAGCAUCAUCAUGGCCGUGCUGGACCGGCAGCGUGAGGAGGAGCGCAAGGAGGAGGCGAUGCUCAAGGACCAGCAGAAGAUGUCACCAUGGUUAGCGAUGCCAUGUCUUGGCUUUAUCUGCACCCAGGCAUCUCAACACCAGGAUGCACCAACUGCUAGCUUACCCCAAUGGAAUGAAUUGCCAUCAAGACCAACGAAGAGACUCAGCAAGAGGUAUUCUUCACCAGAUCUGGACCAACGGCUACAUCAACAAUUUGAGAGCUACAAGGAGCAGAUCAGGAAGAUUGGUGAUGAAGCCCGGCGUUACCAGGGGGAACACAAGGAUGAUGCUCCAACUUGUGGGAUCUGCCUUAAAACCAAGUUUGCUGAUGGCUGUGGCCACAUCUGCUCUUACUGCCAGACCAAAUUUUGUGCCCGGUGUGGGGGUCGGGUUACUCUUCGCUCCAAUAAUGUAAUGUGGGUAUGCAAUUUAUGUCGUAAACAGCAAGAAAUUCUUACAAAGUCAGAAGCGUGGUUCAUUGGAAGUGGAACACCACAGCCUUCUAGUCAGGAUGGAGCUCUGAGUGACACAGCUACAGGUGGUGGUUCUGAUGCACCAAGGGAAAAGAAAGCAAGACUGCAAGAGCGUUCACGUUCCCAGACUCCUUUAAGUACAGUAGUAGCAGUACCAGAAGCUACUCCACCUGACAAGACUCGGGUAUCUGAACUUGCUCGGCAAGAGAUGGGAUUUGAACAGAAACAGUCUGCAUCAAGAUCUAGGAGUGAACCCCCUAGAGAGAGGAGGAAGAGUUCUUCAUUUUCGGAACAGAAUGGAAAAGUGCAGAGAGGUGAACGGAAACGCACACCAAAGACAUCCCCUCGUCAGAAUGACAGGCCAGCUGAGGAAAGGGAACAUAAGGAGCGACGAGAGAGCCGGCGACUAGAGAAAGGCCGAUCACAAGACUAUCAGGACAUGAAUGAAAAAUUAGAAGGGGAGCAGCUGGUAGAUCAGAACACAGAAAGAAAUGGAGAGGAAUAUCAGAAUCGAUACAAGAGUGAUCCUAAUCUGGCAAGAUACCCUGCUAAAUCCCUUCCUGAGGAGCAGCAGAUGCGUAUGCAUGCUAAAGUGUCGAGAGUACGACACGAAAGGAGACACAGUGAUGCAUCACUCCCACACACACCGACUGAAGAAAGCCAAGUGGCAGAGCACAAAUUAGCAAGGAAGACACAGCAGCAGGAAGAGGAGAAUUCCUCCACUGAUAUACAGAAAUCUUACCCAGAUGAAAGAAAUGCAGAUGUACACCUGUCUUCUUCUAGGCAGCAGCAUCUGAUGAAUCACAGCCCACCAACACUGGGACGGACCACAGCUUCAACUGAGUAUCUAGAUGCGAAGGAACAUGACUCCUACAGAAAGCACUCGCAUCUGGAUCCCAGCUCUGCUGUGGCUCGAACUAAGCGGGAAAAAAGUGAAACUAUGCUGAGAAAUGAUUCUCUUAGCUCUGACCAAUCAGAAUCUGUCAGGCCACCUCCACCAAAACCACACAGAAUGAAGAAAGUGGGUAAAAAAAGACAAAUUUCAGUAAGUAGCUCUGAGGAAGAAGGAGCAUCAACACCAGAGUACACCAGUUGUGAAGAUGUGGAAAUAGAAAGUGAAAGCGUCAGUGAGAAAGGUGAUUUAGAUUACUAUUGGCUGGAUCCUGUUACGUGGCACGGCAGUGAGACCUCGUCAAUCUGCUCGCAUCCUGUUACAUGGCAACCAUCCAAAGAAGGUGAUCGUCUCAUAGGACGUAUUAUUUUGAAUAAGAGAACAAGUAUGCCCAAAGAAUCUGGUGCUUUACUUGGGUUAAAAGUAGUUGGAGGAAAGUUAACAGAAAGCGGAAGACUUGGGGCCUUCAUCACCAAAGUGAAAAAAGGCAGCUUAGCUGAUGUUGUUGGCCAUUUAAGAGCUGGUGAUGAGGUUCUUGAAUGGAAUGGAAAACCAUUGCCAGGAGCUACAAAUGAAGAGGUUUACAAUAUCAUUUUGGAAUCAAAAUCAGAACUUCAGGUUGAAAUAGUUGUUUCAAGACCAAUUGGUGAUAUACCUAGAAUUCCGGAGAGUUCCCAUCCCCCUUUGGAAUCCAGUUCAAGUUCCUUUGAAUCACAGAAGAUGGAGCGCCCCUGUAUUUCAGUCAUAUCUCCAACCAGCCCAGGAGCUUUGAAAGAUGCCCCUCAGGUCCUACCUGGACAACUUUCAGUGAAACUCUGGUAUGAUAAAGUAGGCCACCAGCUGAUAGUUAAUGUGUUACAAGCCACAGAGCUUCCUUCCCGCGGGGAUGGCCGGCCCAGGAAUCCUUAUGUAAAAAUGUACUUCCUUCCAGAUCGAAGUGACAAGAGUAAGAGGAGGACCAAAACAGUCAAGAGAAGCUUAGAGCCAAAAUGGAACCAAACAUUUAUCUAUUCUCAUGUACAUCGAAGAGACUUUCGAGAACGAAUGUUAGAGAUCACAUUGUGGGAUCAGCCCCGAGUGCAAGAAGAAGAAAGUGGAUUUCUUGGAGAGAUCCUUAUAGAGCUGGAGACGGCAUUGCUGGAUGAUGAACCACACUGGUAUAAACUUCAGACACAUGACGUAUCUUCACUACCUCUGCCCCAGCCAUCACCCUACAUGCCACGGAGGCAUGUCCAUGGGGAAAGUCCCAGUAAAAGGCUACAAAGAUCUCAGCGAAUCAGUGAUAGUGACAUCUCAGAUUAUGAUGUUGAUGAUGGUAUUGGAGUGGUCUCAGCAGAUUAUAGGGUUAGCAGUAGAGAAAGUAGAGCAAGUACACUAACAGUACCAGAUCAGCAGAGAAGCCCGCAUCAUCGUUCACGUUCUGUCUCUCCUCACCGUGGUGACGACCAGGGCAGGACCCGGUCACGAUUACCCAGUGUCCCACUACAGAGGAGUCUCGAUGAGAUCCAUCAGAGCAGACGGUCUCGCUCUCCCACACGAUAUCAAGCUGUCUCACGCAGUCCCAUCGAGCGCAGACCCAGGGAGUUAGACACUCAUUACACAUAUGAAAGAGACAGUGAAUUCCUUAUGCUGCCCAGAGCAAAACGAGGAAGGAGUGCAGAGUGCCUGCAUACUGCCAGUGAAAUACAGCACUCUCUUGACAGGGCUAGGAGUGCUAGCACCAACUGUUUGAGACCAGAUUCUAGUUUACAGUCACCAGAACAAGACAGGUGGUUUCAUUCCCUAGAUAGGAAACGACCUCCUAGUCCCAGGAUUCACAUCCAGCAUGCCUCUCCAGAGGAUGACAGAGUGCACCAACAAGGAAGCCCGGUGCAGUCAUCAUCAACAGCAACACCACUGUCUGGGCGGAGGGGAAGGCAGCUCCCUCAGGUCCCCAUUAAAAGCUCAAGUUUAGAGCAAGGAAGCCGAAUUGUGGAAGAGCGGACAAAACCGAUGAAGACAAAAAUGUAUCCCAGCAAGCAACCUAUGGGAUCAGUGGCCAGUUUGGAACAAGAGCGAGAACUAUACACAAAGCAUCUUUCGUACAAUGAACAAAGCAGAAGCAUUGAUAAUGUUUCAGUCAAAUCAUCAGACAGUGAUGCCAGUGAUGUGUCAGCCAUCUCUCGAACCAGUAGUGCCUCUCGCCUCAGCAGCACAAGCUACAUGUCAGUACAGUCCGAACGCCCAAGGGGUAGUCGUAAGAUUAGAUCGAAAUCCUUAGAAAACAACAGGGAUGUGACAAAUAAAAAGGAGAGGAGGAUAUCGUGGGUGUUAGUAGACCAGGGAGAAAAAGAGACGGGGCACUCUGAAAAGAAGCCAGGAAAAGAAGAUCUGAAAAAGAGACGGCAUUCGGCUUCUGGUGACUUGAGUGCAUUUACCUCUAAAAUGCAAAGCAGGCAAAUGGGGACAUCAGGGAGAAAUAUUUUGAAGAGCACAAGUGUAAGUGAGGAGAUGUAUAGUCUGGACAAUAACGACGGCAGUCAGUCGGAUACUGCUGUGGGAACAGUAGGAACAGGGGGCAAGAAACGAAGAUCGAGUUUGGGUGCAAAAAUGGUGGCCAUUGUCGGCUUGUCGAGGAGGAGCAGGAGUACGUCACAGCUCAGCCAGACUGAGGCGAGAGUGAAGAAGUCCAGAAAUGCCAUCCAGAGAAGCACAGAGACCGGCAUGGCAGUGGAAAUGCGGCGUAUGACACGACAGGCCAGCCGGGAAUCCACCGAUGGGAGCAUGAACAGCUACAGCUCCGAAGGAAAUUUAUUUCCCGGGAUGAGAUUAGGUGCCGACAGUCAAUUCAGCGACUUCCUUGAUGGCCUAGGACCUGCGCAACUUGUUGGAAGACAAACGUUAGCAACACCAGCUAUGGGUGACAUUCAAAUUGGAAUGCUAGACCGGAAAGGGCAGUUGGAAGUUGAAGUAAUCAGAGCACGAGGCCUCAGUCAAAAGCCAGGAUCUAAAUCACUCCCUGCUCCUUAUGUCAAAGUGUAUCUGCUGGAGAAUGGUGUUUGUAUUGCCAAAAAGAAAACAAAGAUUGCACGGAAAACACUUGAUCCUCUCUAUCAACAGUCAUUGCUGUUUGAAGAAAGCCCACAGGGUAAAGUCUUACAGGUAAUAGUCUGGGGAGAUUAUGGCCGAAUGGACCACAAGUGUUUUAUGGGUGUGGCACAGAUCCUAUUGGAAGAGCUUGACCUUUCCAGCAUGGUGAUUGGCUGGUACAAACUGUUUCCAACAUCAUCUUUGGUGGACCCCACCUUAACACCACUUACUCGUAGAGCUUCCCAAUCAUCUCUUGAGAGUUCAACUGGAUCUCCUUGUAUAAGGUCAUAAUGAUUUCAGAAUCAAAGACAGGACAAAAAUAAGACACUGACCACAAAUACGAUCAAAAUUCGCUGCUGGAGCCAGACAAUCACUCUUGUUUUGCCAAUGGCACCUGUUUGAAAAAAACCAAUAGGGCUUCUUAAAUCCUAAAAAUGACAUACAUAUGUGAAUGUAUUUCUGUAUGUAUGCUGGCAUGAACUGGCACCCGCGCACUGCAUUAAAUCUGAAUGGAAAAUGGUGAUCAGUAAGAUUCACUGAUUAUAUGUAAGAGGCUAAAUGAAUGAGACCAGUGCUCUGACCUAAAAUUAAAUGAGCUUUAGCCACAAACUGUAAAGUAUCAAACUGAGAUAAAAAUUGGAAUUUUUCAUUGGCAUUUCUCUGGAAAUGACAAACAGUGUUACCUUCCUGCUCUUACAUUUUGUUUCCUUGCACAUUCUACUUCCACUGCUGUUUGCUGUACUGAAGCCUUGCUAAAUUUCGGCCAUUUUCCCCCUCCCCACCUGCCGCUGGCGGAGUCCUUGCCCAUGACUCAAAGCCAAUGGCAACAUUCUGUGAGCAAUACAAAUGGUAUUCAGCAGUUCCAGACUUUAUUCAGAUAAUGUCAGUGUGUGGAUAUCAUUGGCUCCCAGUCAAAAACAUCACAUAUAUUGUGAGUUAGCAGAGAGAAAGAUAACGUGAGAUUUGAUAUUUAGAAUUGAAUCGGAACAGCACCCGCAAUAUUUCUAAACAGAAGACUGUAAAGUGUUGUUUGUCAUUUGCCAUAUAAUUGCCAUUGCUUCUCUCUUUGUAAAACAGGCAUAUGUUUGCAUUAUGAAUUAAUAUUUUUUAUGUUUUCUGAUGUUUUUGCAUGAAAACAAUGUUUUGAAACUGCUGUCAGUGCUGGGGACUGUGAAAAGCAACUUCAGUUUUGGUAUUCUGCAGAGAUCGUGGCACUAAAAUAUUCCUUGUGAUGCCGUUCUCUACCGAUAAUUACAGUUGAGAUAAACACUGUAUAAAAUUGUGCAUUUGACUGCCUAAAGUGUUGGCCAAUAAUGGACAGAGCAUAAGCUGUAUGAGCUGUACCUGAGACUUUCCCUGAUUGUUUGUCAUUUGGCAGUCUGAGCUGACCAGACAGCAUGGUGAUUGCUGGAAGUUCUAGUUUAAAACACGUUAAUAAUUUUGUAUCUGAUUUCAGUUAAUUUAAUUUCAGAAUUACUGCAAGAACAAUUUUUUAAACAAUGAAAUGCAUUACUUUUUGAAAGAAAGGCAAAUUUUUGAUUGCUUUUGAAAUAAGUCAGUUUUGUUCUCUUAGUCGCGUAGUACUUGAAGCCCCCUGUUUAAGCUGUGUCCAUGAGGUGCAAUGAACUUUCUUCCUCCAGCUCCCAUGGCUGUUUUGAGUUUCUGAUCACUGAUGUGAAGCAGCAUGACUCUGGACCUGAUCAAUU